AUGGAGGCGCAGCCGCGGGAGAUCGGCGCGCAUCCUUCUUCCUCGGCGCCGGCGGCCGCUGAGUCCUCGUCCUCGGAGAGCUCUGCCAUGCGAAUAAGGGCUAAGAGAACCUGCCAUGCCCCUGCCUCCUCCGUCUUGGCCACAUCCGGGCCACGAGGAUGGGCAGAGCUCCAGGAAGAUCUGCUUCAAUGCGUAGUUGCUCUCCUCGGCUCCUCCCGCGACCUCCUCGCCUUCGGUGCCACCUGUCGUCCUUGGCGUGAUCUGUUCUCAGCGCACACGUCCUCUUUGCAGCCUCUCCUCCUCUACCCAAGUACCGACAGGCAACAAUCUCCGUGUACUUGGAAAUUGGCUGAUCCUGCUGCCACCCCAUCCUAUCCCAGUUUGCUUUCCUUGAGUGACCUCAGAGGCAUGCUCUUUCUUUGCUGCUCCUACGGUCACCUCAUCUUCUGCGACCGCGACCGGUUCUGCAUUGUUAAUGCGUUCAGUGGCGCUAAGGUUGUGCCUCCUUGCCUCAAGUCAGAUCACUUCACUCGCAUUAGCUUUGCCACCUUGACUGCCCCGGUUGCAUCUACUGACUCACAUCUCCUUGUCGGCAGUGGAGCCUAUCUGUUCCAGUGGCGCAUCGGGGGCGACUCUUGGUUGGAACACUAUUCUAAAGUUCUUUUUCUUAAGAGUGAACAAAUUGUGGCACGGAAGGGGAAAACAUACGCCCUAGGGUCUUUCGGGUCCUUCUGCAUCAUACAAUUAUCACCCAGGCUCUUAAUUCAGAAAUUUGAAGUUGUACUUGAGAAAGAUAGAACCGAAGAUCACUAUUGGACAAAUCAAAAAACAUGGCUUGUGGUGUGUGGUGUUGCGCUUCUCUUGAUCAAACUUGAGGCAGGAGGAAAGAUAUCCUCGGACGCCAUCCAGUUCAUGGCCUUCAAGCUAGAGUCAUUGGACGCCAUGACCAAGAAGGCAACAUGGGUGAAGGUGUACAGGCUGGAUCACUGGGCCAUCUUUGUCAGCCCUGACAUGCGAUGUGAGGCAUUGCCAUGCAUGAACCCGGAGAGAUGGGGAGGGAGGAGUAACCACAUAUACUUCCCAAGUUACCAGUCUGAAAAACCUUGGGCUGCAGUCCAACUAUGGCAACAAUGUAACGACUAUUGGACACGUUUGCAGCUCAGGAACACCGGAAGCUGGGACCGCAGAUUGGAGUCAACCUGGGUCGUUCCCAGCACGUUUCCUCGCUCUGGUCAGCGAUGAUCUUAGGGGCAAUCGUGCGUGCAGCUGGUGAUUGGCUUCUGAUAUAACUUACGUGGGAGA